ACAAUAUCACGACUGGAUCCAAAAUUUAUAGCGCUUCACUGCCAGGAAGUCGGCGGAAAGAAUUAUGAGCAAAGUAUGAGGCACGUCGAAUAUUUUGUUAGCUUCUUCUAGGGUUUCUGCUAAUGGCCUUACUUGUCUACGCCCUAACUCAAUUUGACACUAAGGAAACUGUCACGAUUUUGGAAACCAAUGAGAAACCGACAAUAUUCGCAUUUUAUCUUCUUCCCGAGUCUAUGAGUCUCUUAUCAAUACAAAGGAUAUACAAUACGUUGCGCUCGCUGGAUGCAGCUAAUAUUACGUUAUUCUCGUAAUCAAUGCUUACUAUAGACUUUGAUGCAAUUAAACUCAAUCUUACAUCGCAAUUGGUGAAUAUCCUGGCUGACACGGUUGUGCUUAUUUUAAAACAUUGAGGUGCAUUUCCUGAUUGAAUCGUCAGGAACACACGUGCACAUACUCUCGCUCUAACAUUCCAAGGUGGAUAAUGAGUUCUCCGUUUCGCAUUUCCUUGCUUAAUAAAUUUCAAUUUUUGAGACAUUGAUGAUUGAAGGAAAUCAUGGGGUUACGUCACGGCAACCAAGAAUCCACAGCGCAGUCGAGGCAGUUAGCUCUUGGUCCUUGAAAAGCUCUUGCCAUUAAUACACAAAUAAUUUACGGUAUCUUGAUUAAACAAUUCAGAUACCAAGUCGCAAACGAAUCCCAAGUGUUGACAUGUAUGAAAUUUUUUUUUUUUAUUCACACACGGAAUAUUGAAAUUUAUAGAAAGUCUCUCUCUAUUUGUUAGCAUUAAAUUAAUGCAUAUAACGAUCCUUCGAAAUUAUGAAAUCUGAAGAAAGUUGAGAUGUUGCAAAGAGUUGCUUAUCAAUUUCGAUAAAAGCCUUGAAGCAAUAUCUAUGCGUCAGUUGUAUUUAACUUAUUACUACUUACGUUGAAAAUCGAAGAACUGCUUCGCUCGAUUCUCUUGGUAUCUCUUCAUUGAAUAGCGUCCUGUAAAUAUAGUCACGAUAAAGGUGGCAAACUCACUUCAUACAGUGUCGCAUGCAGGAAUUAACGCACAAGUGGCAGAAAGGGGUAAAAAUAGAUAAUAACGUGUUUCUUUAUGGUCGACUACUCCGCUUCAAAGGGUUCGAUAUGCGAUGCGAAUGCAUGCAAGGGAAAAAAGGUAAAAGGUUGUAAACAAAAUAAUUUAUAACGAAAGGGAUCAGCGAGAUUAACGAUUUCAGCGCAUAAGUAGGCUAAACACUUUGCUCAUCCAUCCUUCGAUCAGCUAUGCAUUGCUUCGUUUUUUCUUUUGUUUUUUUUUUGUUUUCCCUAUCAGAUUACUAAUGUCUUCAGAAGAAUUAAGGCUGUUCGACAAAGUCAGAGUCUUCCUAGAUGAGGAUUAUUCAUCAGCGGAGCACUUCACGGCACUUGGAAAUUUUUAUUUUGUACAUGAAUCUUUAAAAGACGUAUUACUGUGGGAUUUCAAAGAAUGUUCUUUCGUACCAGCCAAUGGAAAGGAAGUGCACUCGGGCAACAUAGAGGCAGUCACGACCAAGGAGAAGGCGAAAUUCCCACAGGAAUUCUUUCCAGAAUGUAAAUGGUCCAGGAAAGGAUUUCUACGCACGCGAUGGAACAUUAGCGGAACUGUCGUUGAUCUCAUAAAUAUUCACUUGUUUCACGACGCUAGUAACUUCGUUGCAAUGGAGACAUUUCCUUCAGUGUAUAGUAAAACGCGUAGGAGAGCACUGGAGCACACGUUGGACAGGUUUCACAGUGACCAGUAUCCAAAUGCACCGUACUUCUUAUUUGGAGACUUUAAUUUCAGGACUGACACUGCCAGUGUGAUAAAGAAACUAACGGAAGAUACUGAGGAGAGCAAACUGCCGAGUAAAGGCAACAUUUCCAGACUGCAGUUUCGCAACAAGGAAGAUGAUCUGAUUCUCACGUUGGGAAAAAAGGAAUUCUCGCACUUCGAGCACCAGCAUGUCUUUAUUGAGAAUAGCGGUCAAUGGUUACGCGAGUAUGACAGAGAAUUAGAAGACUUUGACGGCAGGUUGUUCGAGUUUCCAAUAAAAUUCGUGCCAAGUUAUCCCUUUGAAGAAGACAUCAAGGGGGGUACUAAUUACAUGAAGACUCGAGUACCAGCAUGGUGUGACAGGGUAUUGUUGAGUCCAACAGCAAAGACACUAGUCCAAGAUAUAUCCACAUCAAACGCGGUGGAGUACGGCAUAAUUGGUCCUGCGACGUGCAUGGGCGAUCACAAGCCCGUCUUCCUGAGGGCUGUGCUCGCCUCGGACGCAGGUAUGAGAAACUGCUGCCGCUUGCCAAACGCACCCGAGUUUUGCUUUCGAGUGCCCGACAAUUACCUCGAGUUGUUGUCCAUGUUGCCUGAUUAUCGUAGUUGCGCUGGCGUUCGCGCACUGUCUGUCGACCGUUCGUCUAAUCUUUUGCACGCAGUACCCAUUAAGCAUGACCCUUACACUCCGGAUAGCAUGGAUAGUCCGAGUCCCAAUGCGAUAAUAGUUUCCGGUGAGGUUCCCGACGUAGAUUUAGACAAUUUAGAUAGCCAUGGCGACGCCAGGUCGAUCCUUCGGAUCGCAGCGGCGAGCAGCAAUACAAAGCGAAUCGACAGAGCGGUCUCGCCGGCUCUGCUAAAGUCCAAACUGGAACUCAUCGCACGCUCUAAGAACCGGAACUCUGUGGAUUACGAAUUCGAGAGCAUGGAUAUCAAAAGAAGUCCCAGCGAGUGUCAUCUUCAUACUUGGCCGGAUAAGGAGGAGCAACAGAGAGGCCUGAGGAAGAAUAGGAGUAACAGCGACGUAUCCUGGCAGAGGUCGCACCUCCUGACUCAAGCGUGGAUUCAAGGUGGAGGAAAGCAAGGAUAUCACUCGUUUACCCAUUUCGGCCAGAGAUCAUCCCGCUCGAGUCCCGUCGAAGGUAACGAAGGGACCGAGGGUCUACCGUCCGAUCUGAUAAUACCACGCAUAGCCAUUAUCAAUGCAAGUAAUUUCGAGUCGAACGAGAGUUCUGUGCAUUUGCACGACGACAGGCACAGCACCUACUCGGAUAACCGACUGAGCACUUACUCUGAUCAUCGAACAAAGACCAUAAGCGGAGACGGUUCCUCUCUCGAGAAGUCUGACGAAAUUUGCAAUAAAAUUGACGAAGAGAGCGAGAAACUCAGCACAAAUACCGACGACAAGGCAGAGAGUAUCGAGGCGGAUUUAACGAAGGAUUCGCACGAAGAGGAAUUAAUAUCGAAGAGCAUAAUGGAGGAGGUAAGGGUCCAGGAGAAAAGAAUCCAGUCGAUAGACACACGGUUCACUCAAAGUUUCCGUACGAAGCAAAGUCUUCCCGAGGAUGUCGGGAAUGAAAAUGCAUCCAAGGAUACCGCGGUGGAAACGAGGGAGUAUCGUGUGGAGAAUUCUGGCACUAAACAUAUUAUUCUGGAUCUGCCCGAUGGAGUUCCGGAGGAUAAUGAGACUGUCCAAAAAUUGCUUAACAGCGAAGAUUCGAAUGAAAAGGAUCAUCGUGUAGGUGCGAAAGAAGGAGAAAUCUUAGCGAAGAACUCGACUGACGAAGAUCACGCAGAGGCCAAUGAUAUACCAAAAAGUUAUCAAACGAACGCUUGCAAGAGCGCCCUGAUAAAGGAGAGUCCGAAGAGCUGUACUCGCAAAGCAACGGCCAACGAGAUAGAAGUCCUGAGAUCCGACAGCAGGCAGGAAAUGCUCGCUUCGAAGGCUACAACGAGAAGCAACUCCAUUCAGAGUCAAGACGCCAGCGAGAAUCCUGGGAACGCGAAGCUGAAGCUAAAGGCUUACGAAGUAACAGAGAGUUACAAGAAGGGCAUUGCCAAGAACAAAGGCAGAUGCCAGAAGUGUUGCUGCAUCGUCUCAUGAUUUACCUAUUGACGUAUCAUUUAUGUCGUUACGUCGAUUAUCUCGAAUCUCUAUUAUUGCCGAUUCUUUUGAAUAAUGGAACCUACCCAGGAGAAUUUGAAAUCCUUGUAUUUGAUUUCCCAUAACGGAAUCGUAAUCGGCACGUAACGUCGAGGACGUCUCCGCUUCGAGGCCGUUAAGAAAGUUUAGUAUUAUCCAAUUGACUUUUUGCGCUUGCGACACGAUAUGCCCACGGUAAUGAAUUAAUUGCCUUUGGUACGCGUGCGCAUGAUACACCAAUCAAAAACAUAUUAUACGUAUUCUGUAGCGGAAUUAACGAACGAGCGAUUGACGUGCUGCUUGCAUGGCGUAUUUUAACGCGAAUGAUUCCUAUAGAGAGGAACUAUGUUACACGUUAUUUCGUUACCUUAUCUUUAAUUGCGUCACUUAGAGCUUAUUAUUGUAUUGUAGAAUUGUAGAAUUGUAGAAUUGUAGAAUUGUAGAAUUGUAGAAUCUAUCGCAACGGCGUUGGUGACGUUUACGUUCGGUCGCAGCUCAAGAACUUGCGCUAUUCUCUUACUGGCUGAUCUGGCUGAUUAGCCUGAUUAGCCUGAUCUGCCUGACGUAGCUGCGUGCCUUUUGUGCCUCCUGCCUAAUCACAUAGGCGGCGACGAUGCCCGCGCCGCAGAGUCCACGUACUUAUCAAGUCCAUUCGUUGCACCGCAACAUUCUUCUUUUCGUCUCUAUGACUUCUGCGACUGACCGGAAACGCCACUGAUGUCGUACGUACGUUAUGCCAGGAUAGUUUAUCGCCUGGUACUUCAACUCAACUGCCAAAGUUAGAUUAUCGUAUUAGACAGAAUGAUGUUAUUAAUUUAUAUACCGCGUCACAAUCAUCCAUGUUAAAGUUAAGUUUGCCAUUUAAAAAUGUAUGUCGGUUUAGACUCUACCGAGCGGAUUCAACGUCUCCAGAGUUUCCGGUAUCCCGAACACGACGCCAAAUUUCUCAUUAGGUUCGCCCUUCAAGGACGAACUGUUUCAUCUAUUGCAAGACUAUAGCUACCGUUCGGCAUUUGCGUUGCGCUCAUUUUGGGCUUAUGCAAUUUGAAAUACAUUUGGUCAAUUGAUCGAGCCAAUCUCUAAUCUUGUUUCCACAGGCGCAAAUUGCAAACUCUUGAACGGUCCCUGCAAAAUAUGCUUUACCUGAAUGUCAUGCAUUUUCCAUAUUAUGUACAAACAAAUACGUAUAGAGACGGUUAAUUUAGUAACGAUGCUCAUUAAUACGUUUUCGCUAGAAAAAAAAAAAAAAAUAUGGAAAUUCGCCAACGCUGACGAAUCUCUUCUCCCCGUAUACGCAGGAUCGACGAGCUUAAAAAGAAGAUUUUCAUAAAUUUUAAGAAAAAACCAUGGUGUUGCACGUCCCUCGGUAUUUUUACUCAACAUCCUACCUCCUCAUUUCAUUUGUCUUCUUCGUUACGCAACGAAAAGUUGACGUGAAAUAAUUGGAGGAUUUGGAUUUAUCAUUGCAGCGAGAAUACGCGUGAAAACUAUUGACCAGGCGUCGUUCGUCGCAUUAGAAAUUGCCAUAUUAGGUUUUAGUAACACAAUGAUUUUGCCGAAGCUCUAAAAUCCAGGGUUUUCGGUGUACGUGUUGUCUCUAUAUUAGUCAUAUUACGACUAGAAAUUAACUUACGUCGAACAUUAAAGAUAUGAUCAGUGAAGCACCUGUACAUAAUCUCUUAUCGGUUACAUUAUACGUAUAUAUAUCUUUGCAUAUAUACACAUACAUAUUUUUGUAAAUAUAAACGAAUAUUUUUUUUCUAGA